AUGAAGCAAUUACUGCCCGUGCUGGUCAGCCUGACCUGCCAUGUAGGCAGCUCGUACAAGUUCAAGGGCGACCCUACCAGCAACCAAGAGUGGACUGAUGUGGAGAUCGCCCCUGAAGGUCCCGACCCGUUGGCGGAGUAUGGGCCUCACGCAGACUUGUCGAUGGCCCUGUCCUUGGUCCUUACGAACCUCUCGAACUACUCCGGCUUGAUCAACUCGAGGGACGUGCCCCACAACGCAAACCUCACUUAUUACUUUGGCGCGGAUCCUCAUCAAGACCUCUUGGUGCUCUACGACAAGGUCCAGGGUUUCUAUGAGGUCCUGCACGAGGUCUUGGGUGAGAACGCCUCGCGCUAUUGCCCAUACCGUUCGCAAUACUACAUGCCGGCGUGUAUUGAGAUUGCUGCGUGCCUUGUCCAGCGCGAUGUCCCCAAGUACAUGCCUUUAGAAGCAUAUGCGCCGAUUUUGGAGCAGGUGACGCGCUUCGAAACAAUCAUCUGGGAGGCCAUCAAGCACGGCCUCGGAAGUGAGGACCCAAGCGAGAUCGGCGCAGACUUGGACAUUCCACAAGAGUAUAUCUGCGAUGAGAAUGAUCAUUCUCACGAUCAUCCCGCCUCCUUGCUGCAGGGCGACGUGUCGCAGACCUCGGCUGUUUCAUCGGCGAUGCACCGUGCAACCCGCUCCACACACCAGAUCCUGGCGGAGCACGCCGCAAAUACCUCUCUGGAUCACACGGUGCAACGGCUGGAGGAGGCUUGGCAUCCUGUGUGCAAUGCGCUGGGCUGCGACCACACCAACUUUCUUGAUAUCCACCUGGCAUCACAUCGCCACUCCAUGGCGCUGAUGCAAGCAUCUUCGACAUCCCAGCUGCACGCUCACAUCAAGAGCCGUCAGAAGCUCCACCUCAACAUGGUAAGGUUCACCAACACCCACGGUGCCGCUUUCGCUGACCGGUUCUACAGGACGAGAAAGCCUUCCGGCACUAUGCGGAGAUCACUCGCCGAGCCGUGA